AUGCCCAAACUCCUAAGGCUUGGCUUAAGUAUUCAAGUGAAAAUCCACCUGAAUAUUCCAACAGAAUACAAGCGGGAGACCACGUAUCGUGUGCCCGAGCUUUAUUCGAGGAGGCGGCGGUUGGACUCGCAGCCGACUAGCCGGAUUUUUACACCUGCAGUAGAACUCAGAGAAAGAGGAAAGAAAGGCAAAGCAGUUCACUUUGCUGAAAUUGAUGGUCCAGCUUCAGACAGGUUGACAGAUAAAAGGUUUGCUUUAAGAGACGAUAAGUCACCCAAAGGCUUAGAGAAACGAAGUCAGCAGGGCAACGUUACACUCCACGAUGCUAAAUUUGUUGCUUUGCUUUUGCUACAAGAUACUGAGAUGCAGCAUAUCUGUUCUUUUACAACAUUUAUGAGGAAUAAGAAUCUUGACAAUUUCCUCAUGGCAUUGUUGUACUAUUUAUAUUAUUACUUGGAAAAAAUCUCACAGGAAAAGAAACCCAAAAGCUGUAUGGUGGGCCUUGUAGAGAAAAAAGAGAUGGAAUUGGUUAUCAGUAAGUUAGAAGCAGCACAGAAAUACUUGGCACAGAAGUACUGUGUCCUCGUCCUGGGCUUGGGAAUGCCUGAUAAGCAUCACAUGUGCUGCGGAAAGGGGAAAAUAUCAGAUACACAAAAAGACUGGAAAUUCUUUGAGUCCUUUUAUACUUUCUGUACGUAUGUAGCCUGGAUUGUCUUCCGACGUCAACACUUCACAGAGAUUGAGGAAGAAAUAGGGAGGCUCUUUCGUUCCGACAUGUUCAACAUUCCUCGAAGGAAGCGCGAGGAUGAAGAGUCAGGAGGGGAAAAGAAACGCAUGACUUUUGUACAAUUCAGGAGAAUGAUGGCAAAGCGCCCAGUGAUGAAAAAAGCCAUUAACAUGCGCUCUCCAGUCAUGUCUACUCUGCUGCCCUCUCUCAGAGAAAAAGCUCAGAAUAUCUCUGAGAAAAAGUACCGUCAAGUAGGCAUGAAAUUCCCAGCCCGGAUGCAAGAACACAAGGAAAAUCUGGACUCUGUGCACAUGCCAAUAGUUGGCAUCCUGGGGGAGCCUCGAUGUCAGUUCAACCCCCAUACCCUUAUCCCCCUCGAUACAGAAGAAAGCAUGAAGUCUGGGAGACAGUCUUGCACGAUAGAAAGAAAUAACAUGAGGAUUCAGGUUACACUGGACUUAGUCAUGAGAACGCUGUCCUCUCAAACAACAUUCCCUAAAUAAUCUGUACAUUCCAUUUCUGUAAUUCCUGUAUUUGAAGUAAACUACUUUGACUUAAUCAC